CUUGCUCUCUCAAUGAUUAAGCAACUUCAACUUCACUCUUCCAUUUAACAAAGAUGGCCUCUAGGAGGAGGACGGCUGAAGAUAAAAAUACAAAACUUUUGCGGGAACUUGCUGCAAUUCCUGCUAAUAAACAAUGCUUUGAUUGUUUGCAACGUGGACCAACUUAUAUUAAUGUUACAAUUGGUUCCUUUGUCUGCACAACAUGUAGUGGAAUUUUACGAGGACUUACUCCACCACAUCGGGUUAAGUCCAUUUCGAUGACUACUUUUACUCCUGAAGAGAUUGAAUAUUUGAAGAGUAGAGGUAAUGAAUAUUGUAGAUAUGUUUGGUUGGGCACCUUUGACACAAAUUCAAGCAGCAUCGAAAGUGAAGUCUCAGAUGAUCAAAGAAAAAGAGAUUUCAUGAUACAAAAAUAUGAAAAGAAAAGAUGGCAUGUUGAUCCCGAAAUUGCAGUGAAGAAAAUGCAAAGUGCUGGCACAAUGCGCCAUAAGCAAGAAGCUGUUCAUUCUCAAAAUUUCAAUUCUAAAGCUCUUCCAGAAACUCAGCCUUUGUCUAGACUUUUGGGUAAAAACACCACACAAUUAGUGGUGCAAAACAACCAACCACCUCCACCUGAAGCUUGGCCACAUCCAGUGUCUUCUGCUUCAGCUCCCACUAUAAGCACAAAAUCCAUGACUCAGAAUCAAGGUAGUCGUUCCAUUGAUUUACUCUCUGAACUUGCUGGAGACAGUGCUGCAGUUAAUUCUCAACAAGGAAAUGCAACAGCCAAUGGAAAUUUUGCUAACUUCGAAACUGCUUUUAAUUCAGUGGAAAAAACUGCUGGAAGUAAUACCGUUCCUCCUCCUUCGAGUAUGUCAACAUCAGCCAGCCUAGAUACAUACCCUAUGCAAACACGCCAGACAAACAAUCUCCAGAACUCUAUUCAUGCCUUCAGCCCUGCUUCUCCUCCUGCUCCUAAUCCAAACUCUGCAUCCAUUGUUUCUACCCAGCAGAGUAAUACUGAUAGAUAUGCUGCCCUGAAGGAUUUAGAUAGUUUAUUUCAUCAGCCAGCAUCUACAAAAGCUCCAAGUUGGACUGUUGAAACUACAAGUUCUGGAUCACUGUUUGAAGUUCCUGCUACUGGUGAAAAGAGUGGUAGUCUUUACAGUACUGCCCCUUCCAAUCCCUUUUCAUCAAGUAACUUAUGGAGUCAGCAGCCACAACAAGCUCCGAUUCACAACACUUACCAGUCAGCCAAUCCAUUCCAGACAGGCUCAGAAAGUGGACUGUCCUAUACACAAACAGCCAGCAGUCAAGCUUAUGCACCUUUUCCAAUACCAAUUGUAGGCAACAGUCCCAGUGAUGAUGGAGUACGCAACCAAUUCAAUACCAAUUUCUCUGCUUUUCCAAACCAGAUAGUUUCCAGUCCUACAAAUGGCUAUGGUACCAAUCAGCUAUUGUUUCAGAAUGGUGGAAUUGUCUCUCCAACCACCUCUUCAGGAAUGUGGAAUGUGCCAAUGUGGUCAUCUAGUCAUCUUGGACAAAGUGGUGGGUUGUUUACUAGUGAAAAUAAAUCAUCAAUGGAUUCUGCACAGCACUCGGAUUGGAUUCAAAAUCCUGUCAACCCAUUUACUGUUCCAUCCAGCAAUUUAGGAUACCAAGUAGGUCCCAAAAGCAACUGUAGCAAUCCUUUUCUAUGACAUGUAAAAAAAGAAAAAGAACUUGAUCUAAUGUACUCUUAAAAAGUCCAGAUUUCUAUGUCAGAACAUCUUGGAAGUUUUGCAAACAUUAGAUAUGGAGAUGAUCUUAUAUAUAUAUAUAUAUUCAGUUAUAAAUGGUAUUUAAUGGAGUAUGAAUGAAUGACCUGUAUGAGAGAGGUGAGCUAUGCUGUAUGGGGAUUAUAUUGCAGUUGUAUAUAAGAUAAUUUUAUCUGUAUAUAAUAAUCACAUACAGAUAUAUUAUAUAUAUGUAAACAUGCCCUUAUUUGUAGUACAAGGCUUUUCAUCUAUCUAGUCCUUGCUUAAGUUUCUUUUUAAGUUUGAUAAACAAUUUUUUAGAUAUUUAUGAAACAUACUUUACCUCAAACUUUUGUUUUAGUUUGUAUUUAUUUAAUUUUAUAAUGCUCAUUGAGCUGAAUUUCUGUGAAUUUAACUAUUUAACUUUAGAACUUCAACUUUUCAUUAAUGCUAAGCUUUUCCACAAAAACAUUUUUUAGCUCAUCUUCCAGUUUAUCUACUUGUCUAGUUCAAGUUAUCCUACUUUUAUCAAGGCUGUAAUUAUCUAGAAUAACUUGGAGUAAGGCAAGAUUAAAAAAAAGGGGGGUAUAAGUCUUUGUUUGUAACCAUUAGCUUUGUUAAAAGUUCCAUAUUCUUUUCAUUUGCUCACUUUAAUAAAUUAGAUACCGUAUUGAAUGUUACUUUUGAGUUGUUUCAUAUUAUGUAAAUGAUGUCAUGUAUAAAUAAACUAUUGUUUUAUUUUGCUACAAAAA